CGAUCAAGCCACGUUCACCCUUUGGUUUCAUGCGCCACAAUGACGUUAAUGUCAGUCACGCCUGGUUCCUCGGGGAGGCGAUACCUCAAGCGCAAUCUUCCACUUGAUCACCUUAAGCUCGCAGCCUCUCCUACUCCCUUACCGUGCGGGUUUUAUCGCUAUUUUCACAUCUAGAACAAGCCUCUUGUACCUUGAGUCCUAUCGAUCAUCAAGAUGGCGAACACGGGCGCCCCUCCAAACUACUACAAGAUCCUCGAGAUUUCGGAGGCGGCCACGACCCAGCAAGUUCGCGAUGCGUACAAGAAAGCCGCCUUGAAGACACACCCAGACAGGGUUCCCGCCGACUCGCCCGAGCGAGCAACGCGCACCCGCAAGUUCCAGCUUGUGAACGACGCAUACUACACCUUAUCCGACACACAAAGACGCAGAGAAUACGACGCCCAGCGAAAGAUCUUUGGCGCAUCCGCUGGUACAACAUACGGCGACUUUUCCGACGACGACGAUUCUGACCCGGAGGAAGUACCCCCGCAGGCCGGCUCCAAUACACAAAACGCCUACUCGUGGGCAUGGAACUUCUUCACCGGCGGGAAGCAAGGCCAGCAGAAUGAGGGACAGCGCGCGCAGGCAGAUAACGCACAGUUUGGCGAUGUGUUUGAGGAGAUGCUGAGAGAAGAGGGCAUGGCCGAGGAGGGUACGAACCGCCCGACGAGCUCAUUCUGGAGCAUGGUUGGCGGUCUUAGUGGUGGCGCUCUGGGCUUCAUUGUCGGAAAUAUGCCUGGUGCGCUGGCGGGUGCUGUCGCUGGAAACAGGCUUGGCUCUGUUCGAGAUGCGAAGGGCAAGAGUGUCUAUGCCGUUUUCCAGGACCUUCCGCAGGCAGAUCGUGCGAGAUUACUCACCCAGUUGGCUGCCAAGGUGUUCAGCCACACUGUAGGAGCUUAGGGAAUUUUGGGAUUUCAGAUGGGUUCAGGAUGAUAUCACAUGGGCAGCUCGGAGUUUUGGGUCGGGUCAAGAUCGGUAUGAAUAGGUAGUUUCACCAGGCCACCUUGGCACUUUGGCAUCAAUAUACUAGAUAGCUUUUAUCCCUUCAAAAGUCCUACGUGUCGCCAAAAGUAUUAUUACGCC